UUUCAUAAGGAAAAAAUAAAUUUGCAUUUAGUUUUAUAACCUCGUUUUCUGUAUCUGAAACUGAAACAGUAUUGACCCUUUUCAGUGUAAUGUAUGCUCUCUUUAUGUGACUUCUCAGUGGGGCUUCUCUGCAACACUUCACUUUCCACUUCCUUCUCUAAAUUAUUCUUUCAUUUUCACCUUUCAUACCAUUAUUAAAUUCCAUUACAUAUUUAUAUGCUUUUCAAUGUUAAUAAUUAUCCUCAUGCAUUUAUGACACUUAUAUUUAAGUCGGUUUACUUCCACAGCACUCUUUCUUAUCUUCUCUCUUACCCUUAUGAUGAAUAAUGGACUCUGAAUUUGUUUUCAGCUAUUAAAAACACUAAGAAAAAGACAAAGUUGUGUGUCAUUAUUGUUAUUUAUUGUGGUAAUGAGUUGGUGAAAGUGAAAAAUGGGUAAAGCACCUUGUUGUGAGAAACAUGGUGUGAAAAGAGGAGCUUGGACUCCUGAAGAAGAUGAAGCUUUAGUUGACUACAUAACCAAACAUGGCCAUGGAAGUUGGCGUACACUUCCUAAACAUGCAGGUCUCCUAAGAUGCGGUAAAAGUUGCCGGCUUCGGUGGAUAAACUAUCUUCGUCCCGGCAUCAAGCGUGGCUCAUUUACUAAUGAAGAAGAAACUACUAUUAUUCAACUUCAUGCCAUGCUUGGCAACAGGUGGGCUGCUAUAGCAGCUCAACUACCAGGAAGAACAGACAAUGAGAUUAAGAACUAUUGGAACACCCAUUUAAAGAAACGUGUCCGGCAGUCACUAGGGGAAAAACAUCCAUGUCUCCUUCCUGAUAGGAAUGUCCAGUCUAAUUCUCCUUCUACACGCCACAUGGUCCAGUGGGAAAGUGCAAGGGUUGAAGCAGAGACGAGGCUGUCGUUGGAGUCCACUUUGCUUAAUUCAGGCUCUACGACUAAAACAUACCCUGAUUACUUUCUUCAACUUUGGCAUUCUGAUGUUGGAGACAAAUUCCGUGCAGGAGUAGUGUGUCAAAGCAUCGUCUCAUUGGAGGAAUCAUGUUCAGAUGUCUCAUUGCAGGUGAAAAACAACCGAACACAAAGCCUGAAAGUGUCAACACCAAAGCUUGAAGAUGUCAACCUGAUUCAGGAACAAAAUGCCAGUAGCUACAAACUGAAGCUUGAAGAUGAUAUAUCUGGUUCAGAUUCAGGAAAUUAUGAAUUUCUUGAUACUUCUGAUUCUGCACUGAAGCACCUACUGCGCAUGCCUGAUGAAAUAGGUUUCCUGGGACAUACUGACAAUUUCUUGAAUCUCCUUGAUGGUAGAUGUGACUAAGUGCGUGUUUGGUAUCACAAUGAGCCAUCCUGAUACCAAUGCUUUGACAAACCGUGAUACCAAACAUCCACUAUGUUAGUUAGUCUCUUCAAUAGAGAAAGGCAAAUACUCUGAUAUAUGGUAGGUAGAAUAGUUAGUUUAGUUUUCUCAACCUUUUUGUGAUAUCUUCAUUUUUGAAAAAUGCAUGGUCCAUGUUUAGAGGGGGAAAAGGGUGGACAGAGAAUGGUUAGAUCAAUGGAUUAACAACUAGUGAUUUUGUUCACGUCCUUCAACAACUGUUGAUUAUGUGUAAUUAUAAUGUCCCAGGUUUCAUGA